AUGGGAACCUCCGGACAGCCUGCGGGUGACAACCCCAACCGAAACUCUCUGCUCGACCUCAAGAACUUCAAGUUCACCUUUGAUGUCUCCAAUUUUAUCGAGCCCGAUGUAGGUUGCCGCAUUUUCUCUCUGGAUCCGUGGCUGCUAGCUAUUGGCUGCGGCCGCUGCUCCAUCUUCAUACAUGUCAUGUCAAUGUUUGUUGGAUGCGAUACUUACGCGACCGUCGUGCAGUCACCGGAACUAGUAGACGACGGCUCCAUGUCGCUGUCCGAGAGCGUCAUGGACUAUCCGCACGAGUUUGGCCGCACCUAUCACGCAUACCGAGCGGGAUGUAUGUUACAGCCCCCUCUCCUCUCCUCGUUUCGUUUCCCCCGUUAUCUUGUUUCCAGGUCCUGCCAACCCAAGAGCAAAAACGCAACAGCUGACCGCAGCAAACCCGCAGCAUAUGCCUACCCCAACGAUAUUCCUGAACAGGAACGACUUGCGUUCCAGGGCCCCAUCAUCAAGAACCUCUUCGGGGGCAGGCUGUACUUUGCCCCGCUCUCGCCGGCCAAGCCUCCGCAGUUCAUCCUCGAUGUCGCCACGGGUGUUGGUGAUUGGGCCAUUGAGAUGGGCGACCGAUUCCCCUCGUCCGAGGUUGUCGGCACAGACCUGUCGCCCAUCCAGCCCGACAUGGUGCCUCCCAACGUCAACUUUUAUGUCGAAGACUCGAGUGAUCAGUGGGACUACACGGACAAGUUUGGCUACAUACAUACCCGGCUCACUGCAGGCAGCUGGGGCAACUUCCAGAAAGAAGUCGCCGAGCAGGCCUUUGAUGCCCUCGAGCCCGGCGGUUGGUUCGAGUCGCAGGAGGUCGAGGCCGUCUUCGCAUGUGACGACGGCACGCUGGACCCGGCCGGCCCAAUGUGCACAUGGCUCCACGAGAUGAGAGUCGCCGCCGAGAACUUCCAGCGCCCUGCCAUCCUGGGCUCCACCCUCAAGGAGGUGUUUGAGAGCGUGGGCUUCGUUGACGUGCAACAGCUCAUCUUCAAGAUACCCAUGAACGAGUGGCCCCGGGACGAGCGCCUCAAGGAAAUCGGACGCAUGUGGGGAGAGAACUUUUCCCAGGGUUUGAAUGGCUUCUCCAUCCAGCUCAUGAACAAGGUGUUUGGUCGUACUCCGGCUGAGGUUGAGCUCUCUUUGGUCAAGAUCCGAGAGGAACUGUCGGACCCGCGCGUGCAUGCUUACAUGCCCGUUUUCGUGGUGUGGGGGAGAAAGCCGUUUGUGGGAGAGGAGACAAAUACCAUGAUGAUGUAG